CACAACGCGGGGCGUAAAAAUUGCCUGAAAUUACAAUAUAAUAGAAAUUUAUGGAAAAAAAAAAUUUAUAAUUAGAAGUUUCACAAAUUACCUACAAGAUGAAAUCGUGGAUCUCUACAUGCAUUCUCUUAAUUGGAUUUUUAUGCUUCAAAAUUGCCGACAGUUCAUCAAAACACAGAUGCAUAAUGAAUAUUUAUGCGAAGGAGUUUCAUGAAGAAUUGCCUGGUCUCACUGCUAUUCCUAACACUGAUUCUGGCUCUGUAUCUUGGGAAGCUUCUGAUUCGGAUCAAGAUAAAUCUGAUUUUCAAACCUGCGAUAUACACGAAAGGAUGAAAUCAAAAAUAUCAAAUAACCCCGAAAAUAAUCCAAAUGGCUUCAGCGACUGUGAACCAAGUCAACCUAUCAAAUGCGAUCCCAAUUAUCCCUACAGAACAAUGAAUGGAAAGUGUAAUAAUUUACGUUAUCCAUUGUGGGGUGCAGCAAACCAGUGUUUCAGAAGACAUCUACCUGCAGUUUACACAGGAUUUGAUAAUUUUCGAAAAUCUGUAACUGGUGCUCUUUUGCCGGAACCUAGACAACUGACUCUGAGUAUUUUCCAGAAUCAUCAUAAUUCAAGCGAGGAUGUGUCGCUCAUGUAUACGAUAUAUGGCCAAACUAUUGCUCACGACAUUUCUUUGGCUAAUUUCGAAAUUCCUCAAACACCUUGCUGUGCGCCUGAGAAUGUGAAUCAUUCAGUCUGCAAGACAAUGCUAGUGCCUCCAAGCGAUCCUUUUUAUGCUCAGUUCAAUGUGACGUGCCUCAGUUUUACCCGAACAGUAGCUUGCAAUGCUUGCAACACAAACAAAAGACAACAAAAUACUCAGCAAACUGCCGCUAUGGAUGCCUCUAUUGUAUAUGGACCUGAUGAUAAUAUAGCUUAUGGAUUAAGAACCAAUGAUGGAACAGGAAAACUAUUAUCUAAUUAUACCAAAAUAGGAGAAUUACUUCCCAGUGGUAACAAUCCUCAAGAUACUUUCUGCCCCAUGUUAAAAAAAUAUAAAUGUUUCCAAGCAGGAGAUUCGCGCAUAAAUCAACAUGCUGCUUUAACAAGCAUGCAAACAGUUUACAUGAGGGAACAUAACAGAAUUGCUGAGGAACUGAAAAAAUUGAACCCAAACUGGGACGAUGAACGACUGUACCAAGAAGCAAGACGGAUAAAUAUCGCACAACUGCAAUACAUAAACUUCCAUGAGCAUCUACCACAUCUGCUUGGUCACUACUAUAUGUCAAAGUUCGAUUUGCAUGUGAAAAACGGUUCUGGGGGUACAAGGUAUAACCCAGAGGUACAGUUGGGAGUUUGGAACGAGUUUUCUACUGCUGCUUUUCGAAUCCACAGCAUGAUUGCAACAGACGUGGGGGCGCUAAAUCUUCAGUUUGUAAAUCUUUUUUCCAAUCCUGGACUCCUAUGGAAAGGACAUGCUGGGGAGAUCCUGAAUGGUGCAACCAGUGUACCUUCUGAGAAAUUUGACAGAUGGUUUGUUAAUGAUGUCACAGAUUUCAUAACUAGAAAGAAUGGAGCACCGUACGGAAGUGACUUGGCUGCAAGAGACGUACAAAGAGGGAGAGAUCAUGGGAUCGCCCCUUAUGUGCACUAUGUUUACUUCUGUUCUGACGGACAAGUCGACAUCCAAUCCUUCGAUGACCUUGUGAAUUAUGAAAUAAUUUCAAACGAAGGUGUCAUGCUACUGAAAAGGAAUUAUGCGAAAGUGCAGGACGUUGAUUUGUAUGUUGGAUUGCAAUUGGAACACGAUGCCAGAGGAGCGAAAGUAGGUCCAACUGCCGUCUGUAUAAUAGCAAGGCAAUAUUACCAUUUGAAAUACGGCGAUAGAUUUUAUUUCGAGCACAUUGGGGAGGCAGGAUCUUUCACAGCUGCUCAAAGAACUUCUAUUAAACAAGCGUCCUUAUCCCGUCUCUUGUGUGAUAAUACUUAUAUUUCUGAAGUGCAAUUAAAUUCUAUGUUACUGCCUUCAAACAGUAAUUUUCAAGUGAAAUGCAGUGACAUACCAAAAGUGGACCUUUCGCCAUGGAAAGCACAAUAAAAUGUGAAGAUGAUUCUUUUAAAAUCAUAUUUAUAAUUUGUAAAAUUUAAAUAAAUUAUUAUUUUUAA